AUGGCUUUGGAGUCAAGAGACGGCACCAGCGAUGUACGCUCAAAGGUAGAUGCCAUUAGAGCCAAGAUUUCAGAACUGAACAAGCUCCUUUCGUCUGUGCGAAAUAUUCCUGAUUCCUGCGAGAACCAGUGCGUGUCUGGCUUUGUGAAGUUCCAACGCUCGUGCUACCAGUUUGUGAGAGAGGAGAAGACGUGGCAGCAGGCACAGAAUGCCUGUCGCACCAUGGGGGCGAACCUGGUGUCCAUUAAGUCUUGGGAAGAGCAGAAGUUUAUCCUGAACCACAUAGCCCCACACAAAGAUCUGUUCCCGAGUUCUGAGGUGUUUCACGCUGGAGCAACAGACACGGCAAUGGAAGGCGUUUGGCAAUGGGUUUCUGACGGAUCUCUGGUCCACGGUGAAAUACGGCUUUUCAAUGAUUCCAAUGAUAUCCAGUGUGCAUCUGGCUUUGAGAAGUUCCAACGCUCGUGCUACAAGUUUGUGAGAGAGGAGAAGACGUGGCAGCAGGCACAAAAUGACUGUCGUACCAUGGGGGCGAACCUGGUGUCCAUUAAGUCUUGGGAAGAACAGAAGUUUAUCCUGGACCACAUAAUGGCACAUAAAGGUGAAAGACACUACUUCAACAUUAUCUGUUUUUAA